UUCUGCCCACUCACCAGUGGCAGAAGAACUCCUCAACAGAGGAAGACUCACUGCUCUACCACUCUGCAUUGGAGCUCUACAUUUUGAACAGAACAAAUUUGGAAAUAUGCAUUUACAAAUAUCCUUACUGCUGCUGUUUUGUCUGAACAUUGUCCAUGGCAGCGAUGGAUAUUUUUCUGAGCAGUAUCAGAAACAGUCCAGCAUCAAGGGGCCACAUUUUCUACCAUACAAUGUAAAGAGUCAAGGUGUGCAGGUAAGAGGUGAACAAGGACCCCCUGGCCCCCCAGGCCCUAUUGGACCAAGAGGACAACCAGGUCCUGCAGGAAAGCCAGGGUUUGGAAGCCCUGGUCCUCAAGGUCCCCCUGGUCCUCCAGGACCACCAGGAUUCUCUGGGGUUGGGAAACCAGGUAUGCCAGGUCUACCAGGAAAGCCAGGAGAAAGAGGACCACAUGGUGAGAAAGGAGAGCCUGGACCUGUCGGGUUCCCAGGAGCAAGAGGCCCACAAGGACCCCCCGGCACGCCCGGCCCCGCAGGACUGACUGCCGCUGGCAAGCCAGGACCACAAGGCCCCCCAGGAGCUCAAGGGCCGAGGGGCUUCCCCGGUGAGAAGGGAGAGCCAGGUAUCCCCGGUAUGAAUGGACAAAAGGGAGAAAAUGGAUUUGGCAUUCCAGGCCGCCCGGGGAGCAGGGGUCUUCCGGGCCCGCAGGGACCCCGGGGUCUCCCUGGGCCUGCUGGAGUAGGAAAACCUGGAGAAAAUGGUCUGCCAGGUCAGCCAGGUAUGAAAGGUGACAGAGGUUUACCAGGCACACCUGGAGCAGCUGGACUUCCAGGUCCACAGGGUCCCCCAGGAGAACCUGGAGAAGCUGGCAUCGGCAAACCUGGGCCAAUGGGACCGCCUGGAGCAGCAGGCUUGCCUGGAGCCAAGGGACACCCCGGACCCGCAGGCUUGCCUGGAUCCCCAGGUCUUCCAGGAUUUGGAAAGCCAGGCUUGCCAGGGAUGAAGGGACACAGAGGGCCUGAAGGCCUUCCUGGUCUUCCAGGACCUAAAGGAGAGCAAGGUCCAGCUGGUGUGCCAGGAGAACCAGGGCCUGCUGGACCCCCAGGGAACAUGGGCCCCCAAGGACGCAAAGGCUUGCCCGGUGACAGCGGCCUGCCCGGGCCCAAAGGCGACAUGGGCCCUGCAGGCCCCCCGGGAUUCCCAGGGGCCAAGGGAGAACAAGGUCUGCCGGGGUUAGAGGGAAAACCAGGAUACCCAGGUGAGCAGGGCCUUGCUGGUCCCAAGGGACACCCAGGCUUCCCAGGCCCAAAAGGUGACGCUGGCCAUGCUGGGCUCCCUGGCUUGCCUGGCCCGAUGGGCCCACAAGGACCUAAGGGAGUGCCAGGGAUCAAUGGCGAGCCAGGUCCCAGAGGGCCUUCAGGAAUCCCUGGGACCAGAGGCCCCAUUGGCCCCCCUGGCCUGCCCGGAGCCCCUGGUGCCAAGGGCGAGCCAGGAGCCCCAGGACUGCCAGGCCCAGCAGGUAUUUCUACUAAAGGCAUAAGCGGACCCAUGGGACCACCUGGACCCCCUGGGCCCAAAGGCAGCAAUGGAGAGCCUGGAUUACCUGGUCCCCCAGGUCCUCCUGGUCCCCCUGGCCAAGCUGUAAUCCCACAGGUGCCUGAAAGCUAUGUUAAAGCAGGAGAAUCUCGAGAGCUAUCAGGAAUGUCUUACCUGAAAGGAGGAGCAAACCAAGCUCUCACAGGGAUGCCAGUGUCUGCUUUCAGUGUCAUCCUCUCAAAAGCCUACCCUGCUGCAGCCGUUCCCAUCAAAUUCGAUAAAGUCCUGUACAACAGGCAGCAACACUAUGACCCCAGAACAGGCAUUUUCACCUGCAGGAUCCCUGGACUGUACUAUUUUGCCUACCAUGUACAUGCAAAAGGAACAAACGUUUGGGUUGCACUCUACAAAAAUGGUUCCCCACUCAUGUACACCUACGAUGAGUACAAGAAAGGAUACCUUGACCAGGCUUCUGGCAGUGCUGUCAUUGACCUCAUGGAGAAUGAUCAAGUAUGGCUCCAACUGCCCAACUCAGAAUCUAAUGGUCUUUAUUCCUCUGACUAUGUCCACUCUUCUUUCUCAGGUUUCCUAUUUGCUCAUGUCUAACAUCAUCUCACUCAACACUGUCCUAACACUCUCUUCUUCAGACCAUUCUAACUGAGCGCUGAUCUGUUUCACCAUUAGCAAGUCAACCUCAAUUCUGCAACAGAAAUAGAGAAGGGAAAGAGAAGGUGGAAGAGAUUGGUUCUAAACUAUUGGUUCAAAACUAGUAGAACAAUAUUGUAUGUUUUUAGAGCAUUUUCAUUAAAAAAAAAAGUUUUAAAUGAUGAUCAACUGUCCAAAUGAAUGCAAUAUUAAAAUUUUAUGAAUUAAUAUA